AUGCACCCCCCUUUACAAAUACCGGAGUUGAUUCGAAGUCGGGACAACGUGGUGAGAGCAGCGAAGGUUCGUGUUGUCAACAGCGAUGAGGGAAGAUCGAUUGUGUUACGACGACCCAUACAGCACCUAAUACCGUUAGAGUUACCUCCUACAUCCGAGAAAAAAGAUCAAGUAUCCGAAGUCGAAGAAACUCAACUUGUAAAGCAACCGGAUCUCGUUGUUCCAGCCUCCAGGAAUGAUGCAAGACCGAGAAGAAACGCUGCUAUUAUUGGAGAAAUGUUACAAAAAGCGAAUAAACAUUGA